GAGGCUAUUCCUUAUCAGACUGCAGUGGGGAGGCACCCUGGUCCUGGUGCAGGAUAAACAAGAUCGCCUGGGACACCCCACACACACACACACACACAGACGGACAGGACGCGCAGAUUAUGUCUUUCUACCAGAGUGAGAAGAUGAUGCUGAUGCACCCGGGCACAGAUGACGUGGUCAAGCACAGGAUGUUGCAGGCCAAGAUGCUGUCGAGAGAAGCCAGAGGAGAGCGUCUGAAUCUGGGAAAGAAGAUGAGCGUUCCUCGAGACGUGAUGAUGGAGGAGCUCAACCUGCCGUCCAAUCGGGGCUCUCGUAUGUUUCAGGAGAGGCAGAAGAGACUGGAGAGGUUCACGCUGGAGAACACCCCCGAUACUGCUCACUUCAACACCAGCGCCCACCUGGUGAGCGUUCCUCCCCCGCAAAUCACCCAGCAGCCUCGGGGAGGGAAGGAGAACCAAGCCUUUUCCACGCCUGGUAAGCACAGCCUGGUCAUGAACCUUCAGAAGACGGUAUCAAAGAAGGGCAGUCCUGAUGUCCUGGCUCCAGGGUAUUCUGGUCCACUGAAGGAGAUUCCUCGUGAGAAGUUCAACACAACCGUGAUUCCCAGACUAUACUGCUCUCCAUGGAGGGAAGCUUUAGGCCGGAAUGAGGACCUCCUGGAAGCCCUCAACGCCCAACUGGCUCCCUUACCACAACGAUACCAACCUGCCAACUACAGGUGCUUCAACAGAGAGUGGACCGCAUGCAAAAGUUCUGGGCUCUUUCACACCCAUAAGUUUGCUUUGAAUUGUUCAGAUUUUCUUGGAAACAGUAAAAGUAUGUCCGGCCUCACAGUCAGGACAUCAAGGGUUCCAGUCCUGGUUUGGGCAUCUCACGAUUCAAGAUUUCGUCGAGGAGCUCAAUAAAAAGAAACGUUAAACUGAUGUAAUGUAGUAACAUUUUAAUACUAAUAUGAGUGACCAUUGCAAAAUAAAAAGCUAACAUGCUAACAUUCUCAGAAGUAUGCAAACACCAACGCAGAUAUAAAAAAAACAUGAUUUUGGUACUGGGGGGGGGGGGGGGGACGGUUGUCUGUCUAUGUUGUGCGCCCAUUGAACUGUUAGUUACGGCCCUGUACAAACACCAGACUCGAUACCUGAGGGGAGGGGCUGUCAGUUGACUUCAAAGGACUUCAUCUAAUUAGAUUAACCUGCCACCUUCAAACAAUGACAGCAGUCUAUGUAGGAUUUGUUGAAAAACUUCAUGCCGAACAAUUGUGGCCUUCAAGAUAGUUUUUUUUUUUAAACUGCAAGCGCCUCAAGGCUUUGAGGAACGUUCCGGUGUUCUCAUAUUUCCGAUAAUUCGAAAAAUGGCCGAGUUAGAACGAGUAGGAAAAUAAGAAUUUUUGUGUUUUUCGAGAGGAGCCAGAUGAGGUGGUUCAGUUAUCUGGUCAGGAUGCCACCCGAACGCCUCCCUAGGGAGGUGUUUAGGGCACGUCCAACCGGUAGGAGGCCACGGGGAAGACCCAGGACACGUUGGGAAGACUAUGUCUCCUGGCUGGCCUGGGAACGCCUCGGGAUUCCCCGGGAGGAGCUAGACGAAGUGGCUGGGGAGAGGGAAGUCUGGGCUUCCCUGCUUAGGCUGCUGACCCCGCGACCCGACCUCGGAGAAGCGGAAGAAGAUGGAUGGAUGGAUGGUGUUUUUUCGAGACAACAUCUAACAUUGAAGUCAAUGAAAGAUUUAGCUGACUUUCUUGGCUUUGAGCAGGGGUCGGGAACCUUUUUGGCUGAGAGAGCCAUGAAAGCCAAAUAUUUUAAAAUGUAUUUCCUUGAGAGCCAUAUAAUAGCUUUUAACAAUGCCUGCAUUUUUUUAGUAAGACCAACAUUUUUAGAGUAUUGUAGGUCUCUUAUUCUUUUUAAGAACAUUGUUAUUCUGAAGCUAACCAAUAAUAAAUCAAACACUUCUUAUCAUGAAUGGGACUUCUUGAACAUGUGCGGUAGAAAGCGGAUAUUUUGACACUGUGAUUACCAGCGUAAUUAUGUAGGUAGUUAAGUAUUGUUAUUGCCCAAGUACAACACAACUUUGUUGAUUGACUGAUUGAUUUGAUUAGACAAACAAACAGUGUUUAGGGUCACAGAACAGCUAUGGGGAGAAAAAAAAAAGCAUAUAUACGUAUCACAACAUACAUCUCCAGACUUGCAACAGAGGGGAGGGAGUGAGGGGCUACGGUGGCGGGCUGCAGCUCUUCAAACACUGCCCAGUUGUCCCUCACCCCUAAGGGAGUUGCGUCGAGGGCGUUGGAUGAAUUAUUCAUGACUUAUCGUGUUAAGCAAUGUGAGCUAAGAUUUAUCUUGAGAGCCAGAUGCAGUCAUCAAAAGAGCCACAUCUGGCUCUAGAGCCACAGGUUCCCUACUCCUGGCUUUGAGGGUCAACAGAAGCGAAACAGGACACAUGACCUCCAUAAAAGUGACAUUUUCCGAGAGAGGACAUGCGUGUCAACGUUUUUCCCCGAAACACAUGACAGUGGAAUACCAUACCAUACCAACUUUACUUAUAGAGCCCUUUAAAAACAACCACAGUGGAAGAACAAAGGGCUGCACACCAAAGAAAUAAAGGCAAAGGCCACACUAAAACAAAUAACAUUUAAAAUAGAAGUAACAAAACACAUUGAAAUAGCAAAUACAAAUUACCCUAAGAAUAAUGUUAGAUAAAAAGUAGUUAAAAAGUUAAAAAAGUUUAAAGUCUCAUGCUGGGUUAAAAGCCAGUGAAUAAAAAUGAGUUUUAAGAACGGUCUUAAAAAUAGCCAAAGAUGGGCCUUGUCUCACAUGGAGAGGGAGAUCGGUCCAGAGUUUGAGGCCCGCAAUAGAAAAUGCUCUGUCCCCUCUGAGCUUGCACUCUGAUUUGAGUACCUCAGGAUCUGCUGACCUGAGGGACCAGGUGAGGGCAUAGAGGUGGAGCAAGACCAUGUAAGGAUUUAAAAACAAGUACGAUCAUUUUAAAAUGGACUCUAAAAGACACAGGCAGCCAGUGGAGGGAGGCUAAAACAGGAGUAAUGUGCUCUCUUUUUCUUGCGUUUGUUAAAAGUCGGGCAGCUGCAUUUUGUGCCAGCUGCAGACGUGAGAGAGAGGAUUGAUUAAUACCAAAAUACAAAGAGUGACAGUAAUCCAGGCAAGAUGUUAUAAAGGCAUGGAUUACUGUCUCAAACUGUUGCCUUGAAAGAAGGUUUUCAACCUUGGCCAGCUGACGUACAAAAAAAAACUGCCUUUCACCACUGUGCCAAUCUGACGGUCCAAUUUAAAAUCAGUCAAUACAAAAGCCCAGGUUGGAAUACAAGGUUGUUCACCAACCAAAAAGCCUUUUCGGGGCUUCCACGCUAAAUUAGAGUAGACGCCAUCUGCUUUAAUGGAGGAAGGCCGAUGGCGCUCACUUCCUUCCGGGCUAUGCAGCCAAAACCAAACAUUGGACGUCAAAACCUUUUAGCCAGGGUUGAAGUAGACAAGUGAGACGUUAAACACCGAGCUACGUGAAAGAUUGGCUGAGCUACAAGAGGUAACCUAGCAGAUUGGAGCAUUCUGCUGGAAAUAUUCGCAAUUAUUAAAAAGGUGCAUACCCAUUCAAUUGGCCCAUUUAAUUUGUUUAUUCGUGAAUAGCGUCGCCAUGGUAACACGAAAUGUUCCCAAUUUAGAGUACCUCCGUCCGAUGGUAUGACAUAUGUGGGGGUUCUUUGGCCAGUUCCGUCAUUUUAAAAGUUAAAGUAGCAAUGAUUGUCACACACACACACACACACACACACACACACACUAGGUGUGGUGAAAUGUGUCCUCUGCAUUGGACUCAGCCCUUUGUUCACCCCCUGGGAGGUGAGGGGAGCAGUGGGCAGCAGCAGUGCCACGCCCGGGAAUCAUUUGUGGUGAUUUAACCCCCAUUCCAACUCCCUUGAUGCCGAGUGCCAAGCAGGGAGGUCAUGGGUCCCAUUUUUAUAGUCUUUGGUAUGACUGGGCCGGGGUUUGAACUCACAACCUACAGAUCUCAGGGCGGACACUCUAACCACUAGGCCACUGAGCACGAAAUGAUCCCACUUUAGAGUACCCCCGUCAGACGGUAUGACAUAUAUGGGGGUUCGUUGGCCGGUCCGUCAUGUGUGAGGCAACGUAAGACAAACGUGUGGAACUAAUAAUACAAUUUGAAGUAUGAGUAAUAAUAAUAUAGGCUUAGAAAUAUUACACUUAGAUCAGUGCUUCUCAAACUUUUUAGUGCCACCUCGGAAAAAACAAAACGGCUCUCCAAGUACCACCAUAAUAAUCAAUAUUAAAAUACAAUAACAUGGUAGGUGAAAGUAUUCAUUAAAAACUAGGCAGAGGUUUUAUUUACCAAGUAUAUUCAAUAUUUUUUGCAGCAAUGUAACAUUGCACAGUCUGAACAGUAACACUGUGUUUGGAUAAAGGAAAAUACAACACUGUACUUUAAUGAAGUGAUCUUUUGGUGCUACCACUAGAUCAGGGCUGUCAAACUCAAAUACAGAGUGGGCCAAAAUUCUAAACGGAACAAAGCCGCGGGCCAAGGUGGAACAAAUUAACCUUUUAAUAGGGACCCAAACAAGUUUUGCAUUGAAAAUUGAACAUAUAGUGACAUGCAAAAUCGAGGUUUGUUGGUAGCGGGGGUGUAUAUUGUAGUGUCCUGCAAGAGUUAGUGCUGCAAGGGGUUCUGGGUAUUUGUUCUGUUGUGUUGAAGGUGUGUUACAGUGCGGAUUUUCUCCCGAAAUGUGUUUGUCAUUCUUGUUUGGUGUGGGUUCACAGUGUGAUGCAUAUUUGUAACAGUGUUAACGUUGUUUAUAAGGCCACCCUCAGUGUGACCUGUAUGACUGUUGACCAAGUAUGGCUUGCAUUCACUUGUGUGUGUGUGUAGAAAAUUUGCUACGCUAAAUUCAGUUAUGUUCAGUGAAAACUAAUCUAUAUUGUCACCCACGUCUAUGGUACUCUCCAAGGUUUCUCAUAGUCAUUCAUAUUGACGUCCCACUGGGUUGUGAGUUUUUCCUUGCCCUUAUGUGGGAUCUGAACCGAGGAUGUCGUUGUGGCUUGUGCAGCCCUUUGAGACAUCUGUGAUUGAGGGCUAUAUAAAUAAACAUUGAUUGAUUGAUAAAGUUAGUUAGGUCUCUUUCAUCCCUUGUUUGUCGCUACAACUACAGCAAAAAAAAGUUUCCUAUCGUCUAAAUAUGUUUUUAAUAGUAUGACAGACCUUAAUAAAAACCGUUAGUCACUACUAUUUUGCUAUAGUAAUGCUUCCUGAGGGUGAGCCGAUCAGUGACCGCGACACUGAACAGCGUGAAUUGAUUGGUUUGGUCUCCUCUAGUGCCGAAUACUGUCAUAUUGAUAUUCAUUUUUCAUUUAAAGUAUAUUUAGCCGUGUUUGUACUUAAAAAUGCUAAAUUUAGCACAAAGGAAUUAUAAAAAUAUACUAUCCAGCCAUUUUCUACCGCUUGUCUCUUUUGGGGUCGCGGGGGGUGCUGGAGCCUAUCUCAGCUGCAUUUGGGCAGAAGGCGGGGUACACCCUGGACAAGUCGCCACCUCAUCGCAGGGCCAACACAGAUAGACAACAUUCACACACUAGGACCAAUUUAGUGUUGCCAAUCAACCUAUCCCCAUUGUGAAUAACAUAAAUACAGUCUAUUAUACAGCAUUAUUCACAUGUAAAUAUUUUUAAAUUUUCCUGAAGGAACUCUCCUGAACGAAUCAAUAAAUUACUAUUUAUCCAUCUAUAAAUACUGUCUAUUAUAUAACAUUAUUCACAUGUGAAUAACAUGAAUACAGUCUAUUAUACAGAAUUAUUCACGUGUAAAUAAUAUAAAUACAGUCAAUUAUACAGCAUUAUUCACAUGUGAAAAAUAUAAAGUCUAGUAUACAGAAGUAUUCAAAUGUGAAUAACAUAAAUACAGUCUAUUGUACAGUAUUACUCAUAUGUGAAUAAUAUAAAUACUGUCUAUUAUAUGGCAUUAUUCACAUGUGAAUAACAAAUAGUCUAUUAAACAGCAUUAUUCAUGUGUGAAAAAUGUAAAUACAGUCUAUUAUACAGCAUUAUUCACAUGUGAAUAAUAUAAAUACAGUCUAUUAUACAGCAUUAUUCACAUGUGAAUAAUAUGAAUACAGUCUAUUAUACAGUAUUAUUCACAUGUGAGUAACAUAAAUAUCAAUCAAUCAAUGUUUAUUUAUAUAGCCCCAAAUCACAAAUGUCUCAAAGGACUGCACAAAUCAUUACGACUACAACAUCCUCGGAAGAACCCACAAAAGGGCAAGGAAAACUCACACCCAGUGGGCAGGGAGAAUUCACAUUCAGUGGGACGCCAGCGACAAUGCUGACUAUGAGAAACCUUGGAGAGGACCUCAGAUGUGGGCAACCCCCCCCCUCUAGGGGACCGAAAGCAAUGGAUGUCGAGCGGGUCCAACAUGAUACUGCGAAAGUUCAAUCCACAGUGGCUCCAAGACAGCAGCGAGAGUCCCGUCCACAGGAAACCAUCUCGAGCGGAUCAGCAG